AGUAUCGGCUCUCGCUUGCUUUUCCCUAGCGAGAAGCGCGCGACGUUUGAGUGGCGGCGGCGGGUCCUCUACCGGUGGCCCGAGCUGCGCCUGCGAAUAUCGGAUCCCAAUGCCGCGCUCCGAAUCGUAUAUUGUGGUGCCUCCGGGAGGGCUGGAGGAAAACUUCCUCAGUCUGGACGACAUCCUGAUGACCCAGGAGAAGGUCCCAUGCCGGACAGAGACGGUGCUGCCACGUCUUGGCUUUCUGGAUAAGGGCAGUGAGGCCGAUCUCAUCCCCGAGGGUACGAAGAUAGAACUGCCUCUUUGGAUGGCUAAAGGAUUGUGUGACCCCAAACGCCGCAUUGUGUCUGCCAGCAUUCCAAAAGUGUAUAGAGAUGGUUGGCGGACUGUUUUCAGUGCUGAUGCAAAGGUAGUGGAUUUGCACAAAAUGGGGCCGUAUUAUUAUGGGUUUGGAACACAGUUGCUGCAUUUUAACAAUCCAGAGAAUACAGAAAUUGCUCAGACUAUCCUACAGACAUUUGUCAAUCGUUUCCGUCGGAUCAUGGAUUCCUCACAGAAUGCAUACAAUGAGGACAUUUCAACACUAGUGGCUCAUCUGGAUGAACUGGAGCGAGAACUGUUUCGAGCUGGUCAAAAGGGAUUGAAUGACUUCCAAAAGUGGGAGAAGGGACAAGCUGUCCAAAUCACCACUUCCAACCUAGUUCAGAGCUAUGGUAAACGGAAAUUUUCAGAUAUGGAAGCCUAAGUUCCUUACAUAGCUGAUCAUAGACAUGAUAAGGAAACAGUAUGAGGAUUCUUUUCAAAAAAAUGUGGAUUUCCUUACUUUAAAAAUAACUCAUAAGCUGUGACUGGGUUAUUCACAGUGAUCAAAACAAAAUUAAACAGUUGUACUGUAAUGAAAUGGGACAAAAUCCUGUUGAUUGAGUGAUUCCACUGGUACUGUUCGCCACACACCUACACCUACACGGACACACCUUGUGAAGCUAAAUAUUGAUGCAGACUAAUGGUUUGAUUUCUGCAGCGUAUUGAAUGGUUUUGUUAAAGGUCUAUCUCUCUUCAUUUUGAGCCAUGUUAGUAUCCAUUAUGGAAAACCUGAAGCAUUGCUGUGAAAUCAAAUAGAAUUUAGUUUUGUACCCAUAGCAGCCAGGGAAGGAUACAAGGUGAGUACAUCCAGUGCCGAGUUUUCCUCCUUCACUUUAUUAUAGGUUUGACUUGCCCCUUAAAGCCAGAGAAGGAAGGUUUCAAUGCACUUGGUGCUUGAUAAGGAAGUACAAUGUACGUGUCCUCUUGUUUAGAUAUUUAAUGUUGUAUCAUUGGUUCUCUGCUCUCUGAAACAAACUUAUAGGCAAUUAUUCUCCUAUCAGCAGGCCAAAAAAUAAAGCGUUGGGCUUUAAGUAUCAAAACUUCCAGUUCCAGGCUCUUUGAAUUUGACCAGUGUUCAUCUCUUAAGAGCAUUGUAUUGUUUUUUCAUUUGAAGAAUAGACAGGUGACUGGAAUAGCUUGUUUUGCCUUUGUUUUGAUUGUUGAUGUAAUUUGGUUACUAUUUGUUUCUUACCUCUGCUGUAGCACAAUUUGCUCCUGAAUUUCAGAAUAAUUGCAUUUGGUAAAUAGAACCAUAUAUUUCUUAUAAGACUUUGUAAUACUUCUGCCACUAGAGAGGGAAUGAAAGAUGCAAUUUGUAGUGCUGUUGAAUGCAUGAGAGUGAAAUUUACAUUCUAGAUCACUAGUUUAUUCCUCCGGACAUUUUUUAUUUUCAAGUCUAAUUUUAUAUGGUCUUUGGGUUUAAAUUGCUAGGAGUUGGAAUGUAGGCUGUAUUCUCUAAUGCCCUUUAUUAAUAUAAUGUGUUUCACAGUAGAGAAUGGGUUUGUGUUGCACUGACAUCAUCGGCUUCUGAUGACACUAAAACAAGGGUAAAUGAUGGCUGCUGCCAAGGGCGGGGGGGAGAGGGAGGGAACGUCAACUCAGACCAUGAGAGGCCUGCACUGAGCAUUUUCAUGCCUUACAAGGCGCAGAUUGGAAGUCCGUGUGGGGCGCCACUCCUUGCACAGACAAUAGAACAAAGUGUGGUUAAGUGCCUUGCUCAGGGACACAAACACACUGCCACAGCUGAGGCUCGAACUAGCGACUUUCAGAUCACUAGACCAACGCCUUAACCACUUGACCAUAUGCCCAACAAUGCCAAGAGAUUGUGUUAAAACUUUAAUAAUGCAUCCCUCUGUCAUCUAAAUAUUCCAAGCAUUUAAUAUAUUUAUUGACUGUUGUGUCUUAGAGCUGUGACUAUACCAUCUGUUAAUCUUUUUGAAAUUGUAUUUCUUUCAAUUCCUCUUUGGUUUUGUACUUUCAAGCUAUUUCUGUGUUUUUAACAUUAGAUGUGAAAAGUUUUUAUACUAUAAAUACUCAUAUUGAUUUCAAUGCUCUCAUUAUUUUAUGAACAGAAUGUGUGACAGAAAAGGAGAAACUAUUUAGCCCAUCAUACCUGAGUAACUCUUUGAAAGAGGGACCAAAUAAUCCCACUUACCUGCUUUCAUCUAUCUCCUGGCCCCACAGCAUUGUGAGUUUUGUUCCUAUUCAAGUGUAUAUGAAUUUCCCUUUUUGAAGUAUGUAAUUGA